AUGGAUACUGGCAAAUACGUGUUUGGAGUGAACGAUACGCUGCAAGCGCUCGAUAUGGGUGCUGUGGAAACGUUGAUCUGCUGGGAGAAUUUGGACAUCACGCGUUAUCGACUUAAAAAUCCGGCGACAGGAGAGGAGAAGUUACUGCAUUUACGACCGGAUCAAGAGAAGAACAAGAAUCACUUCACUGAUCCAGCGGUUGGUUUUGUUUUGUGA